UGCGGACCCGUAGUUGUCAACCCAGCAGCGCGUCCGUCGCAUUUACCGACCCACCACGCCACCCCCCUUCGGCCCUUCCCCACGCGCCGCUCGCCCGCCCUCUCCAAAUCCCAAAUCCAACCCACCGGCCACCGCACCACCGCCGCCUAUCGUCCCCACCCGCAGCCCCCCGCCCCCGAUCGCGGCGGCACCCAUAAUGGCCGCCUCGUCGUCACCGCGCGCCGCGGGGCUCCGCGGGCCCUCCCUGACCGUCCUCCUCUUUCUCGUCGCCGCGAUGGUGUCGGUUCCCCCCGCGGCGGCCGAGAUCCGGGAGACCGCGAUCCGGGCCGACCCGCGGAGCAUCAUCCCGCUGGACGAGUUCGGCUUCUCCCACUCGGGCGUGCUGGAGCUCAACGUCUCCGGCAUCGCUUUCGAUCCGCAGGCCUCCGCGGAGCUGGACCUCUCCCAGCUCGGCUUCUUCCUCUCCACGCUCGACGCCUGGGUUCACGUCCUCCGCCAGCUUCAGGACCUAGACGUCACCUGCGCGCUCCAGUCGGAGCUCGUCAAGCUCGCCUUCUCCUUUGACCGCCUCCGCCCGCCCUCCAACCCUGCCGGCGUCGAGGUAGCCCGCUCUUCCUCCUUCUCUACCGCCUUCCGCGUGUCGGAGCCAGGGCAGUACACGCUCGUUUUCGCCAACUGCCUCGGCGGCGGCCUCAAGGUCGACAUGGACGUCCGCUCCGCCAUGUACAACGUCGACCCGGCCACCGGGGAGCGCCAGUACCUCUCCGCGGGAGCCUCGGCGCUGCCCUCCUUCUACUUCCUCUUCUGCCUCGCUUACGCUGGCCUCGCCGCCGCCUGGGUUUCCAUCCUCCUCCGCAAGCGGGCCGCCGUCUUCCGGAUCCACUACUUCAUGCUCGCCGUGCUCGUGCUCAAGGCUCUCAACCUCCUCGCCGAGGCCGAGGACAAGUCAUGCAUCGAGCGCACCGGCACGGCCCACGGAUGGGACGUGCUCUUCUACAUCUUCAGCUUCCUCAAGGGGAUCUCGCUCUUCACGCUCAUAGUGCUCAUCGGCACCGGCUGGUCUUUCCUCAAGCCCUACCUGGCCGACCGAGAGAAGAAGGUGCUUAUGGCGGUCAUCCCCCUGCAGGUCGUAGCCAACAUCGCGCAGGUUGUGAUUGACGAAUCUGGACCCUAUGCUCGGGACUGGGUCACCUGGAAGCAGAUUUUCUUGCUGGUUGAUGUGAUCUGCUGCUGUGCUGUGCUCUUCCCGAUUGUGUGGUCCAUCAAGAACCUCCGGGAGGCUGCUCGCUCGGAUGGGAAGGCCGCUGUGAACCUCAUGAAGCUCACCCUCUUCCGCCAGUACUAUGUGGUCGUCAUCUGCUACAUUUACUUCACGCGUGUUGUGGUGUAUGCGCUACAGACCAUCACCUCAUACCGGUACCUGUGGACUAGCGUCGUGGCCGGGGAGCUCGCGACGCUCGCGUUCUAUGUCUUUACUGGGUACAAGUUCCGGCCUGAGGUGCAUAACCCAUACUUUGCCAUUGAUGAUGAGGAAGAGGAGGCUGCAGCUGAGGCGCUAAAGUUGGAUGAUGAAUUCGAGCUAUGAUUGAGGGGUUAGGAAUUGGCAUAUCCUCCGUGCCAGUGGUGAUAUUGGUGUUGUAUGUCCCAGCAGAGGACAAGUGGCAUAGACUGGUACCUAGUCCAUAUCCUUUUGUUUCUCCUUUUGAGUUGGUUACAUUUUAUCUUAAUGUAAUUGGGUAGUGACAACAACCCUGUGUCUGUUAAGCAAUGCAGUUUGGCUUUGCCUUAAAUUUUAUACACAACCAUUGAGAUG